CGGAUCUCGUCACAUUCUUGGUUGCGCGCUACUGUGAUUGUUACGCCAUUAACAUAGUACUAUAAUUAAAACAAGUUGCCUCCUUUUUUUUCUAUUUUUUUUCUAUAGCCUUUUUCUCUUUGCCAAUCAUUUGAGUAUACGCGUCGGACACAAUGAGCGCCAACAAUGCUGAGGUAAACGACAAAGACCUCGAUCUCGAAAUUGCGGGGGCCGAGUCGCAAGCUGCCGAGACCGCGCAAGAUAGGGCUGAAAGACGACCGUCGUCAGUUAACAGCAGCAUCGGAUCGUCCAUAUCAUCAAGCUCGAGUACUUCCGUCAAUUAUCCCACGCGAUUGCAGACGCUACAGUCGCGCAAUACCGAGGUUGAUUUGGAGCGCCUUCGAACAGCAGGGUCUCAGGCGCUGAGCAGGAGCGAAACUCAACGACUACAGCAUGCGCUCACUGUCGGCCAAAGCAUCAAGUCGCGACCAUCGAAAGUCUCGCUACCGGCGUUUGGAGCUGGGAAACCGUAUCCCCCGCCGCUGCCUGCCCAGGAAGAUUAUGUUGUAGAGUUCACUGGCGAUGACGAUCCUAUGUAUCCGCAAAACUGGCCUUUGAGUAGGAAAAUCUACACCACUGUUAUCCUCGCCUACACGAGUAUCUGUUCGACCUUCGAUUCGGCUAUAUUCAGUGCUUCGAGUGUGCAUGUCGCAGCAUAUUUUGGCGUCAGUUUAGAAGUAUCAGUCCUUUCUAGCUCGCUUUACAUCAUGGGCUAUGCCUUUGGUCCCUUGGUAUGGGCGCCAUUGUCGGAGCUCAGUGGCCGACGCCCACCGGUCCUUAUCGCCAUGCUGGGAUUUGGAAUUUUCAACACUGGUGUCGCCGUUUCGAAGGACUUACAAACACUCAUGAUUUGUCGCUUCUUCUCCGGUGUAUUCGGUAGUUGUCCGCUGACUGUCGUGGCUGCAAUUUUCUCGGAUAUAUACAAUAAUCGCACUCGUGGUGUUGCAAUUGCCAUGUUCUCUAGCACUGUGUUCCUAGGGCCUCUCAUAGCACCUUUUAUCGGCGGUUUCAUCAACUUGUCCUAUUUGGGCUGGCGUUGGACAGCUUAUAUUCCUGCAAUUAUGGGAUACGCUGCUUUCGUAUUGAACGUGUUUUUCUUGAAAGAAUCUUAUCCGCCAGUUGUUCUCGUUGACAAAGCCUCGGAACUGCGCCGGCGCACAAAGAAUUGGGGUAUUCAUGCAAAACAAGAAGAAAUCGAAGUUGAUUUUAGGGAGCUGGUCAUCAACAACUUCUCCCGUCCGCUCCGAUUGUUGUUUAAGGAACCCUUAAUUCUGGCUGUCACAAUCUAUUUGAGCUUCAUUUACGGCCUGUUGUACUGCUUUCUGACAGCAUACACCUUAGUUUUUCAGGGUGUGCACGGCAUGAAUGCCGGAGUCGGCGGGCUUCCCUUGUUUGGCCUCGUCGUAGGCAUAUUCGGCGCUGCAUCAUACAUUAUCUAUUCAAGUCGAGCAUAUAACGCCAAACUGGCUGCGAAUGGCGGGAUCCCGGUCCCUGAAUGGCGGCUCCCGCCUGUUAUUAUCGGCGGAGUUCUUUUUGCUGCGGGACUUUUCUGGUUCGGUUGGACCGGUUUCAAAGGUAGUAUUCCUUGGAUAGUACCAACGUUGAGUGGGUUAUUCACCGGUUUUGGUCUUUUGAUAAUCUUCAUUCAACUGUUCAAUUAUCUGAUUGAUACAUACCUUAUGUUCGCCGCCUCAGCUAUAGCCGCCAACACAUUCUGUCGUUCACUUGUCGCAGCCAGCUUCCCAUUAUUCUCGCGUCAGAUGUUCAACAACAUGGGCAUUCAAUGGGCCUCAACUUUACUUGGAUGUCUGGCGGUGGCUCUCAUCCCGAUCCCUGUCGGUUUCUAUUUCUUCGGUAGAAGGUUGAGGAUGAAGAGCACGUUUGCACCAUUUUAUGAAAAACCAGAAAUACCCGAGGAACCCCAAGGAGACGAACCUGUGGAUGAAAGUAUCCGGCGAGGGGAAUAAUUCGAGAAUAACUCGCAUGUUGAGAAAAAUAAUCAGUCAUGUAUAUAGGGCUAUAGUGUUAUCUAUUUAUAAAAUAAGAAGCCCGUCAACAAGAUAUGUCCGAUCCCAGGUUAUAAAACAAGAAAUUAGCAGGUAUAUUAUGCUAUUAUCAUUACAGGUGUGACGGCUAUGCCGUAUAUGCUUUAUAUGUGAGGCUUGUAGACGGCGGUACCCUUUGAGACUCUUCCGGGUGAAGGCACUUAUUUGCCCUUAACACACAUUAUCUUUUCCCUCUU